AAAAUUCAGAAAUCAGUUAAAGUUUUGAUUAAGAUUAAGAAUUAUGGCGAAAAGUUUCUUUCAGCUAUUUUCGAGCAAUAAAUGAACAUAACUCUUAGUUUAUUGCUCCAGUAUCUGACGGAAUUUUAUCAAAUAAUAAUAUGAAAUUCGUAUUAUUAUUGAUAGUUCUUGUGGCUCUCGUCGCUUGCAUUCAAGCAGGUGAAUAUCAAUGGGGUGAGCCUGGGCCGAAGGAUUUUCUUAUCGCCAAGGAUAAAGUUAAAAAGCGAUAUGUUUGGGGCUUGAAAGUUUCGAAGAAAUAUGUUUUUAAGCAAAAGAAAGUCGAUGCUUUGACUAUAACAGCUAUUCGAGUAAAAGACAUUAAGAAAAAAUAUGAUUCAACUGCUGAACUUGUUAGUGGAGGACUCGGAUCAAAAGGUUGCACCAUAAGAUUAAAGUCAAAACGCGGUAAAAGUAUCAGGUCACGAGUGGAGAUCUGGGGGCGUUGAAAAUUUUUCAAAAAAAACUAAAUGUUACUUGAGACUUUUUGUAAUAAAUAAUGCACAAGACAUUUAUUAACAAUAAUUAAAUGGA